UGCAGACUGUUUUACUUCAAAUAAAGAACAUGGUGAAGCUAAUUCACACAUUAACUGAUCACAGUGAUGACGUCAACUGCUGUGCCUUCUCCUUUUCCCUCUUGGCUACUUGCUCCUUGGACAAAACGAUUCGCCUGUAUUCCUUAAGUGACUUUACUGAACUGCCAUACUCUCCCCUGAAGUUUCACACCUAUGCUGUCCACUGCUGCUGUUUCUCGCCUUCAGGACAUAUUUUGGCAUCAUGUUCAACAGAUGGUACCACUGUCCUAUGGAAUACUCAAAAUGGACAGACUUUGGCAGUGAUGGAACAGCCUAGUGGCAGCCCCGUGAGGGUUUGCCAGUUUUCUCCAGACUCCACUUGUUUGGCAUCAGGUGCCGCUGAUGGAACUGUUGUUUUGUGGAAUGCACAGUCAUACAAGUUAUAUAGAUGUGGUAGUGUUAAGGAUGGCUCCUUGGUGGCAUGUGCAUUUUCUCCUGAUGGAAACCUCUUUGUCACUGGCUCCUCAUGUGGAGAUUUAACAGUGUGGGAUGAUAAAAUGAGGUGUCUGCAUAGUGAAAAAGCACACGAUCUGGGAAUUUCAUGCUGCGAUUUUUCUUCACAGCCAGUUUCUGAUGGAGAACAAAGCCCUCAGUUUUUUCGAUUGGCAUCAUGUGGUCAGGAUUGCCAAGUCAAAAUUUGGGUUGUUUCUUUUACCCAUAUCAUCUUAGGUUUUAAAUUAAAAUAUCAAAGUACACUUAGUGGGCACUGUGCUCCUGUUCUGACUUGUGCUUUUUCCCAUGAUGGGCGGAUGCUAGUCUCAGGCUCAGUGGAUAAGUCUGUCAUAGUAUAUGAUACCAAUACAGAGAAUAUACUUCACACAUUGACUCAGCACACCAGGUAUGUCACAACUUGUGCCUUUGCACCUAAUACACUUUUACUUGCUACUGGUUCAAUGGACAAAACAGUGAACAUCUGGCAAUUUGACAUGAAAACACUUUGCCAAGCAAGGAGCACAGAAGAUCUGCUAAAGCGAUUUACUGAAGAUUGGUCAGAGGAGGAGGUCUCAAUGUGGCUUUGCGCACAAGGUUUAAAAGACCUCGUUGAUAUUUUCAAGAGGAAUAACAUUGAUGGAAAAGAACUGUUGAAUCUUACAAAAGAAAGUUUGACUGAUGAUUUGAAAAUUGAAUCUCUAGGGCUGCGUAGUAAAUUGCUGAGGAAAAUUGAAGAGCUCAGGACCAAGGUUAAGUCCCUUUCUUCUGGAAUUCCUGAUGAAUUUGUAUGUCCAAUAACUAGAGAACUCAUGAAAGAUCCAGUCAUCGCAUCAGAUGGCUAUUCAUAUGAAAAGGAAGCAAUGGAAAACUGGAUCAGCAAGAAUAGACGUACAAGUCCCAUGACAAAUCUUAUUCUUCCUUCAGUGAUACUUACACCAAACAGGACUCUGAAAAUGGCCAUCGAUCGAUGGCUUGAGACAAAUCAAAACUAAAACUGUUUGUAUUUUAUUGUUUAGUUUUUACCUUUAAAUCAUUCAAAUGAGAUCACUGAAAAAUAUAAUCAGACAUUAUUAAAAGCAAAACAGAAGAAAGGUAAACUCCUUAAAUCUAGUUCUAUAUAAAAACUGUCAGCUUUCAUUCUUUAAAACAUGGGGACUAAAUUAAACCUCUAACCUCAUUUUUAUUUUUACUAAAAAAGCAUUUUGUACUAGUGAAAAAAACCUGAAGCUGUAUAGAAAUAAAAUCUUACCAUGACUUUAAAUUGCAGUGCCCAAAUUUAUUGUUAGCUAUAGGUAGUAUCUCAUUAUAACUAAAGAUCAGAAUACUCCAGAAUAACAGAUGUUUAAAUCCAACUUAAUUAGCCAUUCAUUUGGUUACUCUUUGAAGUCCCUUUUAAGAAAAUAUGUAGCGAAAUGGUUUUAGAUUGUUUAUGACUGAGAAAAAACAUUUUAGACAUUUUAAAUAAGUGGAUUCUAAAUUUGCAGGAUGGUAAUGAUUAUUUCUCCCAUUAUCCAAUUGUAGGUGUACAAGUUAGAUGAAUUAGGUUAUCAUAAAUAAGUCAAGUUGACUCUGCUGAAAUAUGACAAACUAGCCUCUUUUCAGAAUUUAGAAUUCUUAAAGGUCUCACAUUUUAUUCUAAGCUAGGAUGACUACACAAAGACAUUUUUACACAAUAGUCUGAUAUUUAAUACAGCACCCUGACACGUAUUCACUCAGGAAAAAAACCUUAAAAGUCCAGGAAUUUUAAGGUUGUGCUGACUUCUUUUUUUUUUUUUUGAGUUGGAGUCUUACUCUGUCACCCAGACU